UGGGAAUAAGAGGCCUUGUGAAGAGGAGGACACUUCAGGUUGUUGAGGUUGCAGGAGGCUCUACAACACAGCUAACAUAACAGGUUUUUCAAUAUAAAUAUUGUUUUUACUCGCAUUCCGAACCAUGAAUCCUGAUAUUACGAGAGAGCGCAAAAAUGCCACUUUUGACGUCGAGAAACUGACGUACAUUUUGGACGGGGGGCCUGAAAAGACCAAAAGACGGCGAGAGAUUGAGUCACUGGUUUUCAGCGACCCGGACUUUAACGAGGAGGACCCUAACUUCCUGUCUCGAAGUGACCGCUAUGACCAGGCUGUUAGAAAAAGUGCCCAGAUGAUCCUGAAGCUCAGAGAGUAUGGCAUUGCAGACCCAGAGGAGAUCUACUGCUACAAAAAAAUGGUUCAAGGCAAUUUCCAUGAGGCCUUGGGGCUCCACUUUGUCAUGUUCCUACCCACCCUGUACAGCCAGUGUGACGCUGAGCAGGCCAGGAAGUGGUUACCUCUGGCAGAGUCCUUCCAGGCCAUCGGCACAUAUGCCCAAACUGAGAUGGGUCAUGGCACACACCUCCGCGGGCUGGAGACCACAGCCACGUACGACCCAGCCACGCAGGAGUUUGUGUUGAACAGUCCCACAAUCAGCUCCAUCAAAUGGUGGCCAGGAGGACUUGGUAAGACUUCAAACCAUGCUAUAGUUCUAGCCCAGCUUCAUACCCUGGGAAACUGCCACGGUAUUCAUGCUUUCAUCGUACCCAUCCGCGACAUGAGCACACACAUACCGCUGCCAGGUAUUGUGGUCGGAGAUAUCGGUCCCAAGUUUGGCUUCAGUGAAGUUGACAACGGAUUUCUAAAACUAGAGAACGUGCGACUCCCGCGAGACAAUAUGCUUAUGAAAUAUGCCAAGGUGGAGCCAGAUGGGACCUAUUUGAAGCCCCCGAGUGCCAAGCUGACCUACGGCACCAUGGUGUUCAUCCGCUCCUUAAUCGUAGGCGAGUCCGCUCGGGCUCUCUCCAAAGCCUCCAUCAUCGCCAUCCGCUACAGCUCUGUGCGACACCAGUCUGAGAUCCGGGCCGGAGAGCCAGAGCCUCAGAUCCUGGAUUACCAGACGCAGCAGUACAAGCUGUUUCCUCUGCUGGCCACGGCCUAUGCCUUCACUUUUGUCGGACAGUACAUGAGAGAGACCUACCAACGCAUCAGUGGAGACAUCAGCGAUGGGGACUUCAGUCAACUGCCUGAGCUCCAUGCCCUGUCUGCCGGCCUGAAGGCCUUCACCACGUGGACCACCAACGCUGGCAUCGAGGUUUGCCGCAUGUCAUGUGGCGGCCACGGCUACUCCCGCAGCAGCGCCUUGCCGGACAUUUACGUCGAGUUCACCCCUGCAUGCACCUACGAGGGAGAGAACACAGUCAUGAUGCUGCAGACCGCAAGACACCUGGUGAAGAGCUACCGGCAGGCUAAGGAAGGACAGCAGCUGAGCGGCACCGUGUCAUAUCUGAAUGACGCAAACCUUCAGAGGGUCCAGCCUCAGACCGUCGCUGCCAGGCCAACCGUGGUGGACGUGAACGACCUGGCCAGCCUGGUGGAGGUCUACAAACAGAGAGCUGCCAUUCUAGUUGAGCUGUCAGCUAAGAGCAUCCAGCAGGAGUUGCAGCGCAGGAAGUGCCAGGAGGACGCCUGGAACAACAGUUCCAUUGACCUGGUCAGAGCCUCAGAUGCCCACUGUCACUAUGUCGUAGUGAAGCUCUUUACUGACAAGCUGGGGGAGAUCGGUGACACAGCGAUACACUCGGUGCUGUCCACCCUGGCUCUGCUGUACGCCCUGCAUGGCAUCAAAAACAACUCUGGAGACUUCCUACAGGCUGGUCUGCUGAGUGUUCCCCAGGUGCUGCAGGUUUCUGUUCGUGUCAAGGAGCUGCUGUCUCAGCUGAGGCCCAACGCUGUGGCACUGGUGGACUCCUUUGACAUCAACGACAAGAGGCUGAAUUCAAUCCUGGGAAGAUAUGAUGGGAACGUCUAUGAGCACUUGUUCGAGUGGGCUCGUCGCUCACCACUAAACGCCACAGAGGUGCAUGAAUCAUUCCACAAAUACCUGAAGCCCCUGCGGUCCCAACUGUGAGCUGACCCCCCUUGCACUGUGAUUCCUGGCUGCGACCUGUCAGCUCAACGGAUAGAGGCCCAACCUGAACCACAAAAUCCCCAUCAUAUCAAAUGUACCAAUCUGAAGGAAUGUAGCAUUCCCUUCUCCAAUCUGUCUAUAUGUGGUCGGGUUUGGAGCGGUCUACAUUGGUCUCUUUAUUAAUGGGGGAAAUUACAGGGGGUUGUUUUAUAGUUACAGUAGAGAAUGGUAGGAAAACCGGAAAUGUCUAUCUAAAAAAUGUACUCAAGAUCCAAAACAAUAGCUUUAAUAAUACUGAAACAAUCAAGUAUUUGUAGUUUUAGAUGUUUUCUGCAGAGACAUUCCACUAUGAAGUUUCUUUCUUAUUAAUUCAUUUUGCCUCAUCUUUCUUCGCUUUCUGCCGUGUGCCUGAUGGCUUCUCUAUGAUAGCCUGCCAAGAUGGAAAGACCAUCGCUCUCAGAAUGUUACGUAAUGUUAGAGCGUUUUAGGCUGGAAACAGACCAACUGCAAAAUCAGUUUUAGUUGUUUCCCCUGACAACAAGGACCAUAUUUGAAAUGACAUGUAAUUCAUUCUUUCAUUGUUAUGACACAUUCAUUUAUCCAUCAAAUGUAUCCUUUGCUGUAAUAUUUUCUUCAAAUCUGUGGCGACAAAACGUAAUGUGACUGACCUCAACGACAGUCAUAAUUGAGUUUUCUCUGUAUAAAAACCUCAGAAAAUUGCAGCAGAGGUGCAACAGUAACAUCUAGUGAAGAUAUACAAAUAGUCCCCGAUAAAAUACUGUAACGAAACCAUUUCAAUCAAACCGUUGCAUUUACAUCAAGUUCAACUGUGCUUUAAAGGAGCAAGAAUUUGAAUUACUUUUCCUUAACAGUCACUGUUUUACGCUAUUAAACAGAUCCUCUGAGCCUUAAUUAGAUACCUUACCCAAUGUGUAUGCUUUACACAUCAAUUAGCCUGUAGUUCCUUUUGUAGAGAUAAUUGACAGCGAUCAAAUUUCAUGUCUGUCACAAUUGUCUUCAUUGCCUUUACCCCAACACUUGUCACAUCUCUUGCUGCUGCUAGGUACCUUUACUCCGUGAAUAGAAGCUGAGCUCAAUAGAGUGCUGCAGGAAUGAGUCAUAAAACCUGUAAAUUAGUUAGCAUUGUUCAAUUUCUGGUUCCCUUUUUUGUGGAAUUCAGUGGGUUUUGAAUGUCUGAAAGAAAAAGUCUGUGGUUAACACAAGCUUAAGAGUUUUUAACAGCUUGCCUUACGACAUAAAAAUACAUCAGUGUCCGGGAAACCAAGGCGAUACUAACUUCCGUGGUUGGACCACAAACAUAUCAUCCCUGCUGCACUUUAUAGAGCGAAGACAGCGGAGAGAUUUACGAAGACUUUCUGGAAAUGAACCACUAAGGGGGGGAUUUGUUCUAAUUUCCUCCAUUUCUGAUCUUUUGAAAUGCUCUCUGUUGAGCUGUGUGUUUGAUCAUUAGAAAGAAUGAAUCUACAUGCUUUGGAUUUCUUUGUGGGACAGAAAGCAGCUAAUGCGAGGUGUCAAAGCACCUGUGAGGGCAGGUACUUUAAUUGUAUUGAAUGUCUGAAGAAGCAACAUACUCUAUAUGUGAAUUAAAAGUGUCCCUCCCUGCUGUGUGGGGUUGAUCAUAUUAAGAAGGCGAAAAGCCGCAGCCAACAUCUACAAUGCCUAUGUUUCUAGUUUUUAAUCAAGCAUGUUUUAAAGUUUAAAUACAUCUAUUGUUUAUGUUCCAAUGUUCAACUUCUGCUGACUCCAUUUUUCUGGUUGAUGUAUGAUGAAAUAUUUGAUAACUGGAUAUUUUUAAAACUUAUUUAGAAAAAUGCUUUCCUAUCUGUCAUUAUGGUUUCUGACACAAAAACAGUUUUAGUAAAAACUUUGAUUAACUGACUUGACCAGAAGAAAUGUUUAAUAUUUCUUAGAAUUGGGGAAUUUAUUUCAACCUGCAGUAGAUUAUUUUCAGGGAUGAAUCAAAUACAACAGUAUAAAUAGUGGAUACUGAGGCUGUGGAAGAAUUUAUAGUGACUGUAUUGAGGCGAUGAUGAAAAGGAUCGUUUUAAUCAAAAGCCUGAUUUACUGUAAAGAUGAUUUGUGAGUUAAUUAUGUGCCUGAGGAAGUUAUAUUUUCCUAAUGUAAUAAAUGUAUCGUGUUCUCACAAGAGUCAUAGUAUUUCCAAUCUGUAUUUAUUUGACUUUUAAUCCGUUAACUACUGCUUUAAGGAAAAGACUAUCAAUUUAUAAUGACUUAGCUCUUAAGCAUAUUUUUGUGAUGUUUUAUUGCAUAAUAAUGAUUUUAAACAAUAGGAUUUUAAUGGUUGGGAGGCUACAUAAUGUUACUUGUAAGUUAUAUUAAUAAAACACUAAAUAAUCGA